UGCCGCGCUCAUUUCCGGUUUGUUCUCAGCGGUUGCGGGUUGGAGCUGCCGAAGCCGAGCCGGAACCAUGCCUCGCAAGAUUGAGGAGAUCAAGGAUUUCCUGCUGACGGCGCGGCGGAAGGACGCCAAGUCCGUCAAGAUCAAGAAGAACAAGGACAAUGUGAAGUUCAAGGUGCGCUGCAGCCGGUACCUUUACACCCUGGUCAUCACCGACAAGGAGAAGGCAGAGAAGCUGAAGCAGUCCCUGCCCCCAGGUCUGGCCGUGAAGGAGCUGAAAUGAGCCAGGAGCAGCUGUGUACCUGUUGGAUUCUCUGUGUUAAAAUAAAUAAAAAACUGUU